GUUAACUUAUCACCAUACACUUCAUCCCAGCCAUUGACUGUCACUUAUUUAAUUAUGGUCGCAUUUUUUUAUGGUUCUGAGAUGAUGUCCCCUGCAACCUUUCAGAGUUCUGAACAGUAUAAAAGCACCACAACUGUUGUGCAUUUGUCUUCAACCUUCAACAGCAACUCAGCAAACAGACCAAACCACACUCCCCAGGUCACCCCUCACCUCCAAGUCACAAAUUCACAUCUCAAUGGAGGCUGGAGGGCUGAUUUCUGAGGCUGGCUGGACCAUGUUUGACUUCCCGUCGCAAGGCGAGGAAUCAGAGAUCAUGUCGCAGCUGCUAGGCGCCUUCCCCUCCCAUCUUGAGGAAGGCCAUCAGGAUCUGCCUUGGUACCAGGCUUCUGACCCAUCCUACUAUGACUGUAAUCUUAAUACAAGUAGUGAAAGCAAUGCUAGUAGUCUUGCUGUUCCAUCCGAGUGUAUGGGCUACUAUUUGGGUGAUUCAAGUGAGUCCCUGGACCUGAGCUCCUGCAUUGCACCAAAUGACCUGAACUUGGUCCAGGAGCAAGAUGCAACUGAGUUUCUGAAUAUGACACCAAAUCUUUCCCUUGAUUUACGUGGGAAUGGUGAGUCGAGCUGCGAGGAUCUCACUUCGGUCGGUCCUACUAACAAGCGAAAGCACUCCUCGGCAGAAGAAGGAAUCGACUGCCAAGCAAGAGGCCAGAAAUUCGCCAGAAAGGCUGAACCGAAGCGAACAAAGAAGACCAAGCAAAGCGGAUGGGAGGUUGCUGUUGCCACCAGGAAUGGAAGCACAGCGAGCUGCUGCACCUCUGAUGAUGACUCAAACGCUUCUCAAGAAUCUGCAGAUACCGGUGUUUGUCCGAAAGGCAAGGCUCGGGCUGCCCGUGGCGCAUCAACUGAUCCCCAGAGCCUCUAUGCAAGGAAAAGGAGGGAAAGGAUCAAUGAGAGACUGAAGACACUGCAGACCCUUGUGCCCAAUGGAACCAAAGUAGAUAUGAGCACCAUGCUUGAGGAGGCAGUCCACUACGUGAAGUUCCUGCAGCUUCAGAUCAAGGUCUUGAGCUCUGAUGAUAUGUGGAUGUAUGCGCCGCUAGCAUACAACGGGAUGAACAUUGGGCUUGAUCUGAACAUGUAGGGAGGAUUUUGUGAUAUCGAGCUCGGAGUGCAGCUUUUGCUUAAGAUCGAUGAGUUUGCCACUAACCAUGUGAUGUUUUUUUCUUACGAUGAGCCAAUUUGGAAGUUGUCAAACAGAUCAUCGGCAGAUACUCGAGGUUCAUAGGUCUAGCAGUAGCAUACUCGAACUUGUGAGUACAAGAUUUAGCUAUAAUAUACAUUUUUCUCGAAUUUAGCAUGAGAUGCAAUGCCUCAGAAAGUUGUAAAUUUGAAUUUGUUCUCUUUUGAGCAAAUAAAAUUAUUUCUUAUCUUGUGA